AUGACGCUGCUCACCCCCGAGCCGAUCGACUUCGACGACACCUGGGUUCUCCUGGAGUCGUCUCUCAUCACGAUUCUCCAGGACCUGGGGCAGGGAUUCCCCAAUGACCUCUGGAUAUCUCUGUACACCGGCGUGUACAAGCUGUGCACCAAGCCCAUGGACCCUCAACACAGCAAGCUUUACGCCCGACUCAAGGAAACCCUGGAGCUCUACGUGGCAGGGGUCCUGAAGGGCUUGCUGGCUUUCGACAACGCCACUGCGCACUCUUACACCGAGCUUCUGGUCAGGUACCGAACAUCAUUCCACAACUAUUCCGUCGGGAUGCACUACGGCUCCGACUGGUUCAAGUACCUGGAUCGCCACUGGAUCAACACCAACCACUGCGAGACUGGAGUGUCGCCAAAAGAGGGGGUGUACUUCGUGCGCGAGAUGUCGCUGAUGGUGUGGAAGGAGCGCGUGUUCGAGGCCCUGAAAGAGCGGCUGCGGCACAACACCAUGAAGGUCAUCAACGCCGCUAGGGAGAGGAAUCUCAGCAACCUGGACGACAACGACGCCGUCAGAUCCCUGCUAAAGACGUACGAGACGCUCGGCUUCGAAAAGAGGGACCGCAGUCACCUGUUCCAGACGGAACUCGAAGACUUUCUCGUUACGGACACGGGCAGAUAUUACAGCCGUCGUGGGAGCGACCUCCUGCAGCACAUGUCCGUCCCCCGCUAUCUCCAGGAAGUGGAGAGAUACUUGCAGGAGGAGGCGAGCCGCUGCGAGUCGUUCGUGGGCUCGUACUCGGCCCGGCGUAUCCUUGUGGCUGCGCAGGAGGCGCUGAUCAAGGCCCACUCCUCAAGGCUGGUAGAGGAGGCUAGAGGGAUGCUGUCGGCGAGUCCCGAGAAGAGGGUAGACCUGAGGCGCCUGUUCACCCUGAUCAGCUACCUGGAGGACGGGGAGACUAGGGGCGGGGGCGGGGCAGUAGAGAACAACGCCAUGAAAGCUCUCGAGGAGGUGGUACGCGAUCACGUCCGGAGCGUGGGUCUCACCGUCGUCAAGGACCUCCAGGCCAAGGGGGCCAUGGACGUGUCCGACGACGAGGCGGGGGUGCGGGACAACGACCUCCUACCCGCGGGCGGCGGCAAGGCGGCCGUCGUCACCAGCGACGACGUUGUGGCGGCCAUGCUCGAGGUGUACGAACACUACAAGGGUUUGAUGGCGGACUCCUUCGACAGCUCUCCCGGCUUCAGGGCCGUGCUUGACGAAGCGUGCAAGUCGUUCGUCAACGCCGUCCCGCAGGCGUCGGAGUGGCUCGCACGGUACGCCCACUGCCUACUCGACAAGGGCUUCAAGGAGUCCAAGGUGGACGAGGGCACGCGGCAGGAGUCGCUCGACCACGUGGGUUUCCUGUUCGCCUACAUUGCGGACAAGGACAUCUUCCACAAGUACUACUCCAAGCUUCUCUCCAAACGCAUCAUCCAGCUCACCUCCGUGUCCGACGAGGCCGAGGAACGCAUGCUCAAAAACAUGCGAAAGAUUUCCGGGUUCGAGUACACGUCCAAGCUGCAGAGGAUGUUCGUGGACAAGACUCUCAGUCGGGACUUGCACACUGGCUACGUCGAGUGGCAGGUGCGCGGGGGGGGAAUUGGUGGGGGCGGCGGCGGCGGAAGGGGCGGGGGUGGCGGUUGGGGCGGAGGAGGGCUCGGAGCGGGGGCAGAGGGCGAAGGCGGGUUCGUGUAUCCGGCGGGCUUGGUGCAGCUGCCGAUGCACUUCGAGGCGUUCACGUUCGUGCUGACGGCAGGCUGCUGGCCUCUGCAAUCCGUUUCCUCCUCGUUCAAGCCGCCCGCGCCAAUCGAGGACUACGUAGUCAGCUUCCUUGACUUCUACAGCGAGGUUCAUUCCGGCCGCAAGUUGGAGUGGCUUUACCACCUCGGGCACGGUGAAAUGGUGACCCAUUGCUUUGACAAGACGUACCGGAUAUACUCGUCCACGUUCCAGAUGGGCCUUUUGCACCAGUUCAACGACAGCACCGAGAUUGCAGUGAGCGAGCUGGCUAGAGGGAUCAACGUCUCCGAUACGGAGAUCGUCCGGCACCUCUUCCCCCUGAUUAAGGCCGGGCUUCUCCGACUCCACGGAGCGGACGGUGCCGACCUCAAACCGACGUCGUGCGACGACAUCCCGCCGGGGGCGCGAGCGAGGCUCAAUGCUUCCUUCAGCCACAAGCGCACGCGCGUGAAGAUCAACAUCGUGGACCACUCCCGGCAGCCGCUGAAGGAGGCUAAGCCGUCUACGGAGAUCAUACAGGACCGCAAGAUGUCUGUCCAGGCGGCCAUCUCCCGAGUCAUGAAGAUCCGCAAGGAGGCCAGCCACCGCGAUCUCGUGGUACAGGUCCGGGAACAACUGAGGCAUCUGUUCGACGUGGACCCGCCUUUCGUGAAGCGCAACAUCGAGGACCUUAUCAACAAGGACUACCUGCACCGACUCGAGGGCAGGGAGCCUGGCAAGGAGGGCUACAAGUAUGUCGCCUAGGGGAGGAUAGCAGUUGGUGGGUUCAUACGAGUAGGGGCGAGAUCAACAUCGGCAGUGGCAAGGGGGAAGAGAGAGACCCAAAGCUGUCACGAAACAACGGGGUCAUUGGCACAAAGAUCGCAAGGACAACUUGAGUUCCCAUGUUGGUGGGGGUAAGGUAUGAUGUCACGGCGGGCGUUGCCUUCGUUUUUCGCGAGGUUUAGACAGGGUGAGACACCGCAUGCAAGGCGACGCAAGGGCAGCGGGUGUGGGGAGAAGUCUUCGGCCACGCCGUGAGGGUGGGCCACUUGUCUUUGUGG